UUAUCCGGAAAUAUGGUUUCUGUUGAUUUUUUUUUAUUGUGGCUCGGGACAAAGUCGGAUCGUGGACGUGUUGGUAUCGCGAUGACGACGGUCGACGACGCCAUCGAGUCGUUGAGCAUGAUGUUCGAGCUGUAUGACAAGGACACGCUCGUGGCCGUUCUUGAAGCCAACGAAGGACAUCUGGAACGCACCAUUGAUGCCUUGCUUGCGAUGCAAACGGACAAUCCGUCGACUGCACCGGCCACCGCGGUCCUCCCAACUGAAGCCACCACACUCGCCUCGUUUCCACCACCUCCAUCAACGGCACAAACUCUUCAUCGAUCUCGAGCAGUACUUCCCGACGACUUUCUCCGUGUUCCCACUGGCGCCGCCUCCGACCAGGAAACACAGGACCGGAUGCUUGCCGAAAUGUUGCAGAGCGAAUACUUUCGCCAAGAAAUCGCGGCCGACCAGGACAUAUCAAACUACAUUGGAGUCGAUGGUCGGCGCUAUCGUGUGCCUCCUCCCGCUGUGCCAGAAAAGUCGGCGUACGACGUCGCGAACGAAACAAUCGUGGCCGUGGGCGAGCGGCUCUCCGACAUGAGAACUUCCGUGAAGAACAAGAUCUCUGAAAUGUAUGCACGAUUCCAGGCCAGUCGCCAGCCGUCCGAUCCAUCCCAUCGACCGCUCAUGGCGCUCUCGGACGACGAAAGCGACGAAUCGUACCAUAGUCGCAUCCACGACGGACCGUCCUCGGGCGAGUUGACGCGGCGCCGGUCGAGCCACGCAUCGAGUCCGCGCCAUCACACCGUCACCGGCGGCGUUUGCUCGCACUCCAAGCGAGAUUGACACGGACACGCGGUAGCUUGGGCGCUGCUACGUCCCAUGGUGAACGCCUAAAUGGGGGUACAUCCACCAAUUCUCUUCCUUCCGCACCCUCGUCCCGACGUCGAGUUAGCACGAGCAGCGUUGGGAGGGUCGUUCACGGACUCGCAAAACGCAGUAGCGACCCACGGAUCCGGGUUCCACAUAUACACAUCGUCGACAGCUUUUCACGUGUUGGCCGAGCGCAGCCCGGAGAAACGCUGUGAACGACGCAGCGUCCACCAGGAUCGUG